CCUAAACAUCCGUCUCUGCCUCCCAUCUCUGCCUCCCAUCUCUUCCUCCAUCUCUACCUAUUCAUUUCUGUUAACCCACCUCCCUGGGUGACUUUGGUCCUGCAUCGGACUCUUGAUUAUCAUGGGUUAUGAGCUGUGCAUUCCGGCCUGCGUAUGCGACCCCGCUCACCCGUAUCACCCUCCACCCCUUGACAAACCUCUGCGAAUCCAGAUCGAUGGGCCCCUAGUCGCCAUAGAAAAGCUCCUGCCCUCAGCAUCAUGGCACACCAAUCCGUUGGCUCUGGUGUUCCCCCAGCCAGCCGCUCCUGAUCUUGCAAAGCUGGCAUAUCGGGCAAUCUACGGCCAUGAUGUUCGUCCCGAUGUGAUUGGUGACGCGAUCGUGAGGGACGAGUACUUGGGCUGGGUGAACGAAAAACCACUUAAUAAAAUAGACUUCUACGGAGUCACAUUUGAUCACCUUGUCCCGGCCGACGAUGUUGAUCCGGACGUCCUCCAGAUCAAUAUUCUCGAGUUAGAGGUAACUGAAGGGCCUUAUGCCGACGGUGUAGCAUAUGCCCAACAGAACCUGCUUUUCAGUUUUGACCCGACCGAAUACAUAGGCAAGAAAGUGCUAGCUGUGCCCAGAUGCUGUCAAAGAAGGAAAGGCACCCAGGACCGGGGCAGAAUCAAUGAUAGUGUUGCCGAAAGGUACCCAGAACUUGCAAAGCGAAGAGUGUUCAAGUUUAUAAACCGUCCCACGGGUUCUUAAUGGCCUGCGGGUCCACAGUCAGAUGAGCAUUAGAACAGUCCUAUGCAUACAUCAAUGAGUUCAAUGAGCAGAGGCCUCUUCAAAUCGAAA